ACGAACUCGAUAUCUCCAGCGUUGAGCCCGCGGGAACACCAUAUCCGUCCUCGCGACCGGGACUCCCUGCCUCCUUUGCGCCGCUCCCGAAGGCGGUUCUUUCUAGGGUUUUCACUCCCCCCCCCCCCCCCCCCCCCCCGCCAUCCCGCCCCCAGCCCCGGCUUCUCGCCGCCCCGAUCCUUCAAGGGUUUCUCCAUUUCGCCUCUUUCUUUCAUCACCGAAGGUUGUUUAAUAGACAACUGCAAAAUAGCUAUGGCAGAUAUUGAAAAGGUUACUCUGGGUAUUGAAUCGGCAACAUCUAUGCUGGAACUUCUUGGAAAAGCAUUGGAGGAACUGGAAUCCCAGAGAGAGUCGUCUUUGCAAAACAAGAUCCAGUGGGACGACAUUGAAGAACAUGUCCACAACCUGGAGAGGUCAUUAAAGAAUAAGUUUGAUGAAGUAGCAGAGAAACAGAGGAUGUUUGAGGAAAAGCAAUCUGAGACUCAUGCAUUAAUUGCAGAAAGAGAGGCUUCUGUUGCUGCAAAAGAACAAUCUUCAUUGGAUCGUCUUCAGGAACUGAGAGAUAUUGCUGUUUCUGCCAUAGCAGAGGCACGCAAGAAAUACAAGGUGGCAUCUCCUGAGCCAGUUGAUAUCAGGGAAAGCAAAAUUAAAAAGGUAAGCACUUCUCUCAAUGAUCCUAAUGCAACUCCUGCGUCAGCGGAGAAAAAUCCUGAUAAUGGAUCAGGUGAUUUAGCUGAAGCUGUGGCUGUUGAGAUUAAGCCCCGUCCUCAAUUGAAGCAACUUUGUGAACAGAUGGAUGCAAAAGGCCUUCUGAAAUUUAUUUCAGAAAAUUGGAAAAGCCUUGCCACCCUACGUGAGGAACUUUCUCUUGCAUUAAAAUAUGCACCUGAGCCAGCCCAAUUGGUGCUGGAUUCAUUGGAGGGAUUGUACCCUCCGGACCAAUCUAAUUUACAAGGGAAUGAGGACAGUGCCCUACAGGGCCUGCGCAGAAGCUGUCUUGUAUUGAUGGAAUCUGCCGCCCCUCUCUUGGGGAUCACUGAGCCAGGUGUUGAUCACCCUGUUAGCUCUGAAAUUAAGCAGCAGGCCAAGGCAAUUGCUGAUGAAUGGAAGCCCAAGUUGGCUGGUGUGGACAUAGAUGCUUCUAAUGGAUAUUCAUUGGAAGCACAAGCAUUCCUACAGCUUCUUGCAACAUUUAACAUUGCGCCAGGGUUUGAUGAAGACGAACUUUGCAAGCUCGUCAUUGCUGUCUCUCGUCGCCGGCAGGCACCUCAGCUCUGCCGCUCUCUUGGAUUAACACAAAAAAUGCCAGAUGUGGUUGAAGAUUUGAUUAACAGAGGGAGACAGAUUGAUGCUGUUCAUUUUGCACAUGUUUUCCAGCUUACUGAGAGCUUUCCGCCUGUGCCUUUAUUGAAGGCAUACUUAGAGGACUUGAAAAAUGCGAAAAAAAAUGGGGGCACAAGCACUGGCAAUGUGCAGAAGGAUCCCAAUGCUCAGGAGCUUGGUGCACUAAGGGCAGUCAUCAGGUGCAUUAAAGACUACAAGCUACAAGAAGAGUACCCUGUUGAGCCUCUCCAGAAACGGGUUGCUCAGCUUGAGAAAGCUAAAUAUGAUAAGAAACGAAUGGGGGAAGCUGCCAAGCUCCAACCGAAAAAGCCUCGAGCCACUGGAGAAUAUGCUCCUCGCAGGCCUGCUUUUGCUGCUGAAACUAGGCAACUCCCUCCUACAGCUUUUGAUGAGAGGGGACUGUAUGCUGGUGCUGCAGAAAGGUACCCUGAGAGGUACCCUUACAAUGCACCUCCCACUUAUGAGCCACCAUCGUAUGCUUCCUAUGGUCAGCCAGUGAAUGCCCAGAGGCCAUAUCAUUACCCAGACGAGAGAGUCCCUCCUGCACCUUAUAAUGCUGCAUCAAGUUAUGGGAGCUUUACAGGCACUGGAGCUGCUCCAAACAGCUAUGGCAAUUAUAUGGGCACUGGAGUCCCAUCUUCUUCAUCCAACUAUGGAAGCUAUACAGGCAGUGGUUUGCAGCCAUCUAACCAAUCUUAUAUGUAUCCAGGCAGUGGUUUGCAGCCAUCUCACCAAUCUUAUAUGUAAUAUGGGCUUGAAUGACUGUAGGUUGCUUUUAGCUGCUCCAUGAGCAUGUGAGAAUUGGAGGGUGUAUUUGACUUAUGUCUAGUGGGUAACUCAGACCUUAUUAUCAUUUUAACCCUAGAAUCCAUUCUACCGUAUUUUGUACCCAUGGUUACAAAUUUAUCAUAGUUUAUCUUGUUUAGAGUUUU